AUAUUAAUGAAUACCUCAAGAAAUCCUCGUUCUAACCGUCAAAAAGGUCUACCAGCAAUUCCUUUUCAAUACCAUGAGGCUUAUGAUGAUCGGUAUAGAACUGCUGGGCGAGAUACGUAUAUCGUAAAUGAUGAAUAUAUAGAUAAUGAUAAUGAUCAAUCUGAAGUACCAUCAAUUCCUGAGAGAGAUACAUAUAUUAAUACCGAUGAACAAAUUUCAACAUCACCUAAUAAUAACUCUGAAAAACCAUUACCUCAAUUUGAUGAUCAAUCUCAACAAAAACGAAAGAAUUAUUUUAAUCUUGGUAAAACUCUCACAUCUCGCUUUAAAUUCAAAAAACCUAAUGCAAAGGAUAAUCAGGAUCGUUCUGUAUCAGAACCUAUUUCUAUAAAUGAAAAGUCUCAAUCAUUACUUAGUUCACUUCCUACUUUAGCACCUUCUUCUCCAAUUUCUCAUCAACUUCCUGCCGAAUAUUUUCCUGAUAGUUUUGAUAAAGAUGAGGAAACAAAGUCUGUUGAACAGACUACUCAUGAAUUAACAAUAGAUGAUCUUUAUCAUUUUGUUCUCAAUAUACGAAAAGGUUUUCAAUCGCAAUUCGAUGAAAUGAAUUCACAAAUUAAAGAAUUAAAAAAUGAGAUCAGAAGAUUAAAGGGUGAGGAGUCUGAAGACGAAGCUCCAAAAGAGGAUGUUAAAGAAGAUUCAGUGACUAAUAAUGCAACAAAUGUUCGAACUGUUACCAAACAAAUGGAAAGAUAUGGUGAUUCAAUUUAUUUAUUAUAA